CAGCAAACUUGUAGGCCUACCUAAUACUCCCGUGCCGUCAUUGGUGGGAAAUGUUUUACUAGCUGACCCCUGCAGCGACCUGCCCCCUCCUGCAUCAGCUCACCUGUGUUAUAUAAAGCAAAGAAACUGCCAUCACGGGUCUCUGUCACUUGAGGCACGACCUGCAGAAGACCCACCGAAGACAGCCAAGAUGAAAGUCAAGGACAUGACCUUCAAGGAGGGGCACGAGUUCAAGAUCAGGAUCAAGCCCAAAGACGACUGCUGCACCUUCGCCAUCAACGUCGGCCACGACUCCGAUAAUAUCGCCCUGCACUUCAACCCUCGCUUCGACGACGGCGUCAUCGUGUGCAACUCCUUGUCUGGAGGCUGCUGGGGUGACGAGCACCGGGACAGCAACUUUGGCUUCACGCGAGGGGAGGAGUGCAAGUUCUACAUCAACUUCAACCAUGAGGAGUUCUACGUCAAGCUGCCCGACGGCAGCAUGAUGAGCUUCCCCAACCGACUGGGAGACGUCAAGUACAAGUACUUCGACGUGAGCGGCGACGCCAGGAUCGUCGGCAUCAAGAUCAAGUAGUAGCAUACGUCAGCAUGCGUAAACGUUCAAACCCGGACGCGACUCCUCCUUCAUCUUAGGCUCCUGGAAAUUGGGACUUUGCAGGAGUGACCUUGUAAUAACAUAUAAAGACCUGCAGAGGGUGCCAGAACGCAUCCUAUCUCAGUGUACUGUAAAGUCUACUGCUUUGC